AUGUCGCUCAGCCCCAAGCACACGACUCCUUUCUCCGUCUCCGACAUCCUGAGUCCCAUGGACGAGACUUACAAGAAGUUCGGCGCCAUGGAGGGCAGCCUGGGGGUCCCUUUGGGCGUGGGGGUGGGCGCCACCGCCUACCGCCAGACCUCAAGUUCAGCCCUCCCGUCCCAGCAGCAGCAUCCCAUGGCAGGCCACAAUACUGCCGCCUACCACCCCAUGGCCCACGCGGGGGUCUCGCAGUUCGCUCACGGUUCGGUGGCUGGCUAUUGCAACGGCGGGCUGGGCAACGUGGGCGACCUGGCGUCCUAUCCAGACAGCGUGCGCAGCAGCACAGCAGCCUCCGGCUGGUAUGGAGCCAACCCGGAUCCCCGAUACCCCACGAUUUCCAGGCUGAUGGGGCCCUCCGGGGCCAUGAACAUGGCCGGCAUGGGAGCUCUGUCAGGAAUCGCGGAGGCUGCCAAAUCCAUGGCCCCCGGUCUUCACGCCGCUCCGCGGAGGAAAAGGAGGGUGCUUUUUUCGCAGGCGCAGGUCUAUGAACUGGAGAGGCGCUUCAAGCAGCAGAAGUAUCUGUCGGCGCCCGAGCGGGAGCAUCUCGCCAGCCUCAUCCACCUCACGCCCACCCAGGUAAAGAUCUGGUUCCAGAACCACCGCUACAAGAUGAAGCGCCAAGCCAAAGACAAGGCGGCUCAACAGCUGCAGCAGCAACAGCCCCCGGAGGGACCCGGCCUGUGCCAACCGCCGGCCCCAACCCAAGCGGCAUCUCCGAGACGCGUGGCGGUGCCCGUCUUGGUCAAGGACGGCAAGCCUUGUCCGCACAGCGCAGCCUCCUCCGCCGCCGGCCAAGCCCAUCAGCACCCGCCAACGCAAGGGACCUCGCUGGGGCAAGCCCCGGACCUGGAGGAGAUGUCUCCCAGCCCCCCUUCCUUGCACGGUCAAGUGAGCUCCCUGGCACAGAUGGACGCGGCUGCUGUCGAUUAUAGCGGCGGCCUGGUCAAUGCCAGCUUGCUCUACGGGCGGACGUGGUAA